GUGUUGCAGUUUAAGCCUCUUUCUUUUCAUGAAGAUGGCAGCCAGGCCUGGACAAGGUGUUAAGCCAUCAGGAAUGGAAAAAUCAUGAUUUUGAUUACUUUUUUCUCAUUCUUCUCUGAGUCAUCCAUGAUGGCCCUUAGCAAUUCCAGCCGGAGUCUCCUCCAUCCUUCUUUUUUCCUAAUCGGCAUCCCUGGUUUAGAGGAAAGCCAGCACUGGAUAGCAUUGCCAAUGUGUGCCCUUUACCUCUUUGCUCUAGUGGGCAAUGUCACCAUCCUUUUUAUCAUCUGGACUGACCCAUCCUUGCACCAGCCUAUGUACCUCUUUCUGGCUAUGCUAUCUGGCAUUGACCUGGUCCUGGCCUCCUCUACGGCACCCAAAAUGCUUUCAGUGCUCCUGGUUGAUGCCCAUGAGAUUGGGUAUACUUUCUGCCUGAUCCAGAUGUUCUUCAUCCAUGCAUUCUCUUCCAUGGAGUCAGGUGUACUUGUGGCUAUGGCUCUGGAUCGCUAUGUAGCCAUAUGUCACCCUCUGCACCAUUCCACCAUCUUAUAUCCAGGGAUCAUAGGACGCAUUGGAGUGGCAGUGCUGCUGCGAGGAUUGGUCCUCCUGCUCCCCUUCCCUAUCCUACUGGGGAGACUUAUCUUCUGUCAGGCCACUGUCAUAGGUCAUGCAUAUUGUGAACAUAUGGCUGUGAUAAAACUUGCUUGCUCAGAAACCACAGUGAACCAAAUGUAUGGGUUGGCAGUGGCACUGCUUGUGGUUGGACUAGAUGUCCUUGCCAUUGGUAUUUCCUAUGCCCUCAUCCUCCAGGCAGUGCUGAAGGUACCAGGGCGUGAGGCCCGAUUAAAGGCCUUUAGCACAUGUGGGUCUCAUAUUUGUGUCAUCCUGGUCUUCUAUGUUCCUGGAAUAUUUUCCUUUCUCACUCACCGUUUUGGCCACCAUGUACCCCAUCACAUCCAUGUUCUUCUGGCUACACUCUACCUCCUUUUGCCCCCUGCACUCAAUCCAAUUGUCUAUGGUGUGAAGACUGUGCAGAUCCGCCAGCGAGUAACCAAGGUGUUGUACAUAAAAGGGUAGAUAUUAAUACAUUCCAGGUAUUGUUUCAGAAGCUCCUGAUAAAAACACUGCCAUGGCCUUCUAGGUUAUAUGGAUAGAGGCCAUCCCACAUUGAGAAGGCCUUCUAGUCCUACUAAUCUCAUGGCAAAGUAGUCAUGGGCACUUCAUUCCAUAGCCAUUUGGGAUGUACCUGGAUAGCUGGAUGUGUGAAUACUUUCCACAUUCAUUGUUUUGUUCUGAUCCCAACAUUUCCAUGCUCUUUGUGAUGGAUAAAUUUGUGGAUAGAUAAAUUGACUCUGGGUAUGCCAUUUUCUGCCUUUAUUUAAUGACUGUGCAACACCAUCCAGAAUGAGAAUGGGAAUUCCCAACCUUUGUGUGGUUUUAGUUUUGCAGUGUCCUCAAACCCUCAAAUUGCUGUGAGCUCUAAGUCACUGGAAUCCUGUGUAAUGAAUGUCUCUUUAAAAACACUAGCAAUAUCCACAAUAUGAGAAAACACCUUUCAUUGAAGUGUGGCUGUUGCUCAUUUAUUUAAAAGGAACUUAAGUGGGGCAGGUACUAGAAUAGGUUCUAGGAAUAAUAUGUUAUAAU